AUGAAAGUAAUGUCCGGUCCAGCGCUAGCAGUAGCUGUCUCUCGCGCCGGAGGACUAGGGUUCAUUGGCCCCGGUGCCAAAACUCGGGACACUAGUGAUGAUCUCGAGACAGCAUCAUCGCUCAUACGCCAAGGGGCCAGCACAGUGCCAACUCCCAGCUCGACGCUACCUAUCGGCAUAGGAUACCAGCUCUGGAGUGAUGAUAUCAACGUCGCUGUCGCCGCGAUCGAGAAGAAUAAACCAUGUGCAGCCUGGCUGUACGCCCCACGCCAAGGGCCCAAGGAAUUCGACGACUGGUCUAGCAAGAUCCGUCAAGCGUCCCCUGACACGCAAAUCUGGAUUCAGAUUGGCACCCUGAAGGAGGCAAAAGAACUUCUUGAAAACCGUGAGCGACCAGAUGUUGUUGUCGUGCAAGGGGCCGAAUCCGGUGGCCACGGUCGGGCGAAAGAUGGAAUGGGGCUUAUGGCACUGUUUCCCGAAGUGGCGGACGCCAUGGCAGGCAGCCAAAUUGCUUUGUUUGCGGCUGGUGGAAUCGCAGAUGGGCGCGGUGCUGCAGCGGCAAUGUGUCUUGGGGCUUCGGGCGUGGUAAUGGGGACUCGAUUCCUAGCUGCUAGUGAAGCACGCAUUAGCCGGGGUUACCAAGACGAGGUUGUACGUGCGGUCGACGGUGCUGCCUCAACUGCGCGCACGCUACUGUAUAAUCACCUUAGAGGCACAUUUGGGUGGCCAGAAGAAUAUAGUCCCCGGACUAUCUUGAACAAAUCAUUUGUUGAGCAACAGGAUGGGAAGUCUUUCAAGGAUCUGAAAAGGCUGCAUGAUGAAGCUGUAAAGACGGGCGAUAAGGGGUGGGGGCCUGAAGGAAGACUCGCAACAUAUGCAGGAGCAUCUGUGGGACUGAUACAUGGCGUGAAAGAUGCAAAAGAAAUUGUCCAUGAGAUUCGAGAGGAUGCAUCGGAAAGAAUCCAGCGGCUAUGUCCCAGAGAGGAGUAG